AUACAUAUAAUCUAUAGACUGCACAUACUCCAGUACCGAGCAUCCUUUCAAAGGUGACAUAAAAGGAUUUAGAAAUGUAUUUGUCAAGAUUCCUGUCACUUCAUGCCCUCUGGGUUACCGUAUCCUCCAUGAUGCAGCACUACCCUUCCGUGUGGGGACACUAUGACGUGUGCAAGACUCAGAUUUACACAGAAGAAGGAAAAGUAUGGGAUUACAUGGCCUGCCAGCCAGAAGCCAGAGACAUGAUCAAAUACGUAAAAGUGACUCUGGAUCCCCCGGACAUAACGUGUGGAGAUCCUCCUGAGACAUUCUGUGCAAUGGGGAAUCCCUACAUGUGCAAUAAUGAAUGUGAUGCAAGUACCCAAGAACUGGCUCAUCCUCCAGAACUGAUGUUCGAUCUUGAAGGAAGGCAUCCCUCCACAUUUUGGCAGUCUACAACUUGGAAGGAUUAUCCAAAGCCUCUUCAUGUUAAUAUUACACUCUCCUGGAACAAAACUAUUGAGCUGACAGAUAACAUAGUUAUCACUUUUGAAUCUGGCCGUCCAGACCAAAUGAUCCUGGAGAAAUCACUCGACUAUGGACGAACAUGGCAGCCCUACCAAUACUAUGCCACAGACUGCUUAGAUGCUUUCCACAUGGAUCCAAAAUCAGUGAGGGAUUUAUCGCAGCACACAGUCCUAGAAAUCAUUUGCACAGAGGAAUACUCUACUGGGUACAUGACAAAUAGUAAAAUAAUCCACUUUGAAAUCAAAGAUAGAUUUGCUUUUUUUGCUGGACCUCGGCUUCAUAACAUGGCUUCCCUUUAUGGCCAGCUUGACACAACCAAGAAGCUAAGAGAUUUCUUUACCAUCACAGAUCUGAGGAUAAGACUGCUUAGGCCAGCAACUGGAGAAAUAUAUGUAGAUGAGCAACACCUGGCACGCUACUUUUAUGCAAUUUCAGACAUAAGGGUAUAUGGAAGGUGUAAGUGCAACCUUCAUGCUACUGGCUGUAAAGAAGAAAACAAAAGACUCCUUUGUGAAUGUGAGCAUAACACAACUGGCCCAGACUGUGGAAAAUGCAAGAAGAAUUACCAGGGCCGACCAUGGAGCCCUGGUUCUUAUCUGCCUAUACCUAAGGGCACUGCCAAUAUCUGUAUACCGAGUAUUUCCAGUAUUGGUAAUCCUCCAAAGUUUGAUAGGAUAUGGCCGAAUAUUUCUUCCCUUGAGGUUUCUAAACCAAACCAAGCUAUGUCAACUGUUUCUUCUGUUCAAGUUGCAAACCACAAGAGAGACUGUGAAUGCUUCGGGCACUCCAACCGGUGCAGUUACAUCGAGCUGCUCAAUACGGUCAUUUGCGUGAGCUGUAAGCACAACACUAGAGGUCAGCACUGUGAGUUAUGCAGGCUGGGCUACUUCAGAAAUGCUUCUGCAGAGCUGGACGAUGAAAAUGUGUGCAUAGACUGUUAUUGUAACCCUUUUGGUUCAGUCCAUGAUCGCUGUAAUGACAGAGGAUUUUGUGAGUGUAAGGAGGGAACAUCAGGGCCUAAGUGUGAUAAAUGUCUGCCGGGAUAUAUCUGGCACAGCUUGGGCUGUCAACCAAACGUGUGUGACAAUGAGCUACUGCAUUGCCAGAAUGGGGGAACAUGCAUCAACAAUGUGCGAUGCCAGUGCCCUCCGGCUUACACUGGCAUUUUGUGCGAGAAGAUGAAGUGUGAAAGGGAUCCAGGUGGCUGCAGCCAGAACUCUGGCCAGGGGGCAAUAUCACACAGGCCGCUGUUACUGCUGACUGCUCUACUAGGAGCAACUGGUCUUCACAUAUGCUAGACUCAGUAUGGCUGAUGGCAUCACAGACUGCUUGAAAUGAACGUGCCACAUGGAAACAAAACAAAAUCCAAGUGUAUGCUACCGAACUCUGAAAAGGAAAAACAAGAAGAACUCACCCCAUACAAACUAAGGCCUAACUGAACUAAGCCAUAUUAAUCAGUUAUGGACAGGGCUCUGAGUCAAGACUGUUCACCUCUGACUCCAGACAUUUUGGCAGCCUUUGAGUCUGUCUGAUCAGCAUGAGCUGCAAAGCUCACACAGGACUGGAACAGCUUUGACAGCCCCAGAAUGGGAAGAGAUUUAAAUAAAACAUUUGCUACUCCUCUAUGGCGUGCGACCGUAGCUCUGCCCGGGAUGUGGACCGACCAAAUAAAGGCAUUCUUUGCUGUCAGUGCAUUGUGGGUAUAAGGAAAUCUGUAAAAGCUGCCAUAUUGGCCUGCUUCAGUCCCUGAAUCCUUUCCAACCUGUGCUUUAGUGAACGUUGCUCUGUAACCCUUGUUGGUUGAAAGAUUUCUUUGUCUGAUGUUAGUGAUGCACAUGUGUAACAGCCCCCUCGAUAAAACUCAAGCCAGUCAUAUCCUUGUAUACCUUAGCAGCAUGGCAUCAGUAAGAUGCUGUGUUCACCUCCUGUACAAGAGUGGCUAUAGGACAAAAAGUGUAUUUAUCCUUUUGUAUUCAAAUGAAGUUAUUUUUCUUGAAAUAAUGUAUAAUGUAGAUUUUUUGUAUUAUUACCUAUUUGUGUUACCAGACAAUUUGUUAUUGUAUUUAAUUCUAACCAGAUAAGAGAAAAAUAUUACUUUUUAUUUAGUUCUUUUCUUUUUCCUUUCAUUUAAUUGUGCAGAGAUUUCUCUGUAUGAGCAACGUGCUGGCAUCAAAGAAUAUCAGUUUACAUAUAUAACAAGUGUAAUAAGAUUCCACCAAAGGACAUUCUAAAUGUUUUCUUGUUGCUUUAACACUGGAAGAUUUCAAAGAAUAAAAAUUCCUGCAUAAACAGU